CUGUCACCAUCAUCACAUAGCAAGAUUCCUUGUUGCGCGUUUCCAUAUCAACAACCAAUUUGCGCUUCGCUUAGUCACCGCACCCAAAUCGUUGUGCGGUUUUCGCAAAGAUGUUACCUCUCGGGCUCUUGAAUGCCGCCCAAGGCCACCCGAUGCUUGUCGAGCUAAAGAACGGAGAAACCCUCAACGGCCACUUAAUACAAUGCGACACAUGGAUGAACUUGACACUGAAGGAAGUUAUCCAGACGAGUCCGGAAGCAGACAAAUUCGUUCGUCUACCCGAAGUAUACGUGAAGGGGAAUAAUAUCAAAUAUCUCCGGGUACCCGACGAAAUCAUCGACCUCGUCAAAGAACAACACGGUCAACAAAGCGGAUUCCGAGGUGGCCGCGGUGGACAUGGCCAGCAAAGAGGAGAUCAUGGUGGAAGGGGUGGUGACAGAGGUGGCCGUGGUGGACGAGGCCAAGGACGAGGUCGGGGUAGAGGCCGCGGUGCGUGAGACUGAGCCGAUGCUCUGAGAUCAAUGCGAAAAAUCAUGCGUAAAAAAACGAUGAAACCAUUGAAGACUUCAUCUGGGGGCAUGCAGACGCAUGGAUAGACUUUUAAGAACUCGACAGAGUUGAAAGAGAGUGGUGAGAUACAACUGCUCUAGCAGAAGAAGAUACCCACCCACCGAGAUGGUGAAGAUGCAAACAGUUUCUGACUGUUAUUGCACAUAGACAUGAGGCAGAUCAGAUGGGAGAGCUAGGGUAGCAAUUGAAAUACCCUCCAGGAUAUGACCCGGACGUUCAUCUACUCCAUAUAUCCCUCUGCCUUCAAUCAUUCCAGCCAUUGUUUCUGCAAGGCAUUGUCCCUGGGGGUUCAGCGAGCUGGAAGCUGACAUGCUCAAUACAAAAUUUAAAAAGCUCACAAAGUUAGGUUAAGGGCAACACGCACACCAAACCCCAUAACAAGCCUUAAAAUAAAUAUAAUUAUUAAAUUAAAAACUAGAAUGUUUAGGCUAAGGACGAUAUUAUAAUUCAUGAAGAAUAAAGGGGAGACUAAUUC